AUGUCAGAUGAAGAAAUACAAUUGCUGAAUCCAAACACUAGUGUUCAAGAUUGUGUAGAUUACAAGGACCGUCCAUCGAAUCGAUUCCAUUCCGGUAGAUGGAGAUCAGCAUUUCUCAUCAUUGGUGUUGAAGUGGCAGAGAGGUUUGCCUUUUAUGGGAUAACUUUGAAUCUGAUAACAUACUUGACAGGCCCAUUGGGUCAAUCAACUGCAACUGGGGCGGCCAGCCUGAAUGUGUGGUAUGGAACGGCGUCGCUUUUGCCACUUUUGGGGGCUUUUGUCUCUGACUCAUAUAUAGGUCGAUACCGCACUAUUAUAAUUGCUUCUGUGCUAUACAUUUUGGGGCUUGGCCUCUUGACCCUUUCAGCUGUUUUGCCUUCUUUCUACUCGUGUCACACCCAAAAUGCUGCCAAUGCCAAGGAAUCAUGUUCUUCUCGGCUCCAAAUUAUAAUCUUCUACCUGUCGUUGUAUCUAGUUGCUAUAGCGCAAGGCGGACACAAGCCUUGCAUUCAGGCAUUUGGUGCUGAUCAGUUUGAUUCUCGGGAUCCUGAAGAGUCGAAAGCCAAGAGUUCAUUCUUCAAUUGGUGGUAUUUCACGAUAGUUGCAAUCAAUACUAUAACAAUCUCGAUUUUGAACUACAUUCAAGACAACCUUGGAUGGGGUCUCGGGUUUGGAAUUCCAUGCAUCGUCAUGAUCCUUGCGUUGAUAGUGUUUUUGCUUGGAACAACAACUUACAGGUUUAGCAGAAAAGGGUAUGACAAUAACCUGUCUGUGAAAAUUUGGUUGGCGAUUCGUAAGGCAUUCAGAAAUCGGAGUAUUAGCACUUCAGCAGUAUCCAUUGAAGAAGAAGCGCAAUUCAAGUUUGCUGAUAAAACAUCCCUUUCACCCCGUAGUUUGGACAAGGAUUUUCGUAGUACAAAUGAAUUCGAAGAGGGCAAGGGAAUUCUCAGGCUCUUUCCAAUAUGGGCAACAUGUUUAGUAUUCGCCAUUGUGUAUGCUCAAGCGUUCACUUUAUUCACCGAGCAAGGAGUUACAAUGGACAGAUCCAUUGGUCCAAACUUUAAAGUGCCAGCGGCUUCAUUACUAGUUUUCACCAGUCUUUCGACUGUUAUCUUAAUUCCUAUUUAUGACCGCAUUCUGGUUCCUUUUGCACGAGCUAUAACUAGGAAGCCAUCAGGCCUGACGAUGCUUCAGAGAAUUGGAACUGGGCUAGUUUUCUCUCUACUUUCUAUGGUUGUUGCUGCUGUUGUAGAGAUGAAACGUCUUGAAACUGCUCGGAAAUAUGGCCUAGUCGAUAUGCCGGAGGCCAUAGUUCCCAUGGGCAUAUGGUGGUUGAUUCCUCAAUAUUUGUUGUUCGGAAUAGCUGAAGUAUUCGCCUACGUCGGCCUGCAAGAGUUCUUUUAUGAUCAGGUACCUAGUGGAUUGAGAAGCACGGGUCUUGCUCUCUACCUUAGUAUUUUCGGCGUUGGGAGCUUCCUUAGCAGCUUUCUUAUAUCUGCCAUUGAGAAGGUGACUGGUGGACGAGGGAAAAGCGGCUGGUUUUCGGACAACCUUAAUCGGGCUCAUCUCGAUUACUUCUAUUGGUUACUUGCUGCACUUAGUAUGAAUCCGAAUGCAUUGGCACUGAGGUUCCGCGUCUCAACAGCUACCAAAUGCAAACAGAUUUCACAGACACCAUGA